GAACACUCUCUCGACCAAGUCGACGUUCUUUGCGUCCGUGAUCAACUAGUACCAGGACUAUUCGGCCAACAGAGAGACAGCUGGGUGGCUCCCAACGGCUCCAAACAUCUACAGCACAAUAUCUUCAAUCUGGCUCGAAGAAUGGCUGGUCCUGGAGGCGGCCCACCGCGGAAGAGCCAUACAAAAUCGAGAAAGGGCUGCAAAACUUGCAAAAAGCGGCACAUUCGCUGCGACGAAACUUUUCCACAAUGUCGAAAUUGCACGAAACAUAAUUGUCGUUGCGACUAUAUGGACCUGCAAGUGGCAGGAGAAGAACCUCUGAAGGGCACCAAACCACCAGAUCUCUUGAUGUCGCCGGAACUCCAACUUCGACUUGACAACUGGCGGUUAACGGGCGAGUCUCCUUUGCAGGAGCUUCAAGUUCCAGACAGGAUAUAUUGGACCCGAUUUUCAACGAUCGACUUGCGUCUCGUUCACCACAUCACGACACUAUCGACCGACAUUCACAAUUUGGGUUACAGCCACUGCACGGUUUGGGGGCCCAGAAUGCCUUCGCUCAUCUCGGCGGCUUUGACACAUGACUUUGUGAUGAGUGCGUUGCUUGCACUGUCUGCAUCUCAUCUGGCGUGGAAAACGAAGAACACAGACACGGACAAUUUAGCGUAUCACCAUCGCGGAGUCGCUAUCAAAGGUCUUCAUCAAGCAAUCGGGACGUUCUCGAGAGAGAAUUCCGAAGCUAUCCUUGCUGCCUCGAUUCUUCUUUCGUGGCAAUCCACGGAAUGGCGCGGCUGGGCAUCACUGCAACAGGGGGUAUCGACGGUCUUGAACGCGAUGAGGAUGUGGAUUCAUGAAUCAGAGCUUGCAAAGUACCUGGAAAACCAGAGGACUAUGGCCAGGGCCGGAACACCUGCCACUCCCACAAUGCCGAAUGCCCAGGUGUCGGUUCCUCAUGAAGACUUUCGCAGGAUAGAACAAAUCACCACGGCGCUUAACAACUUGAGACUGCGACUUACAACGACCGAUGAGCUUCAAGAAUAUGCGGGACAAUUAGUUGACUACCUGCAGGAACUACAACGAGACUUGCCCACCCAAGCGCCGGACGAAGCGUUCAGCCGCUUACAGCCACUACGGGACAUGAUCUUCUGGCUGCCGUCCCUGUUCCUGCGUGGCACCGACUCCGACCUGGGGCCAUUAGCUCUGCUCUCGCAUCUUUAUGCCAGUGCGAUCGCAGUCGAGCCCUUGUUCCCGAAUAUUGGGGGGCCCUACCUUGGAACCAUGUCUAUCGCACCCCUGGAGAGACUCCAUGACCUAGUGAGAACAAGGCGGGUGGCCCAGCCCCAAGAUACAAACAUCCAAGCGGCGUGGUCUCUGGUGGAGGUACCAAUACAGCUCGCGACUUCGUACAGACUGAAACAGAGACAAAACAGCCAAGGAAGCCAUGGGAUGGAGGGCUACCAUCACUACUCUCCUCAAGGGAGUCCCUAUGCGGGUCCUCGCAUGCCGAUUGCUACUCCCAGCUCAGACAGUUCCACAGCACCUAUCUAUCCCAACUCGCCCCUGCACGCGCCUGGGAGCCUGUCGAUACCCGGAUCGGCAUAUUUCCAAGCGGCUCUAGGGCCUGGGGAAGCACGGCGAGACUCGUCGAUAUCGUCGGCGUCGUCGCUCGGGCGUGCUCACUCAAUGGGCGACCCUCGGAGUCUCCCGUCAAGCAGCCCCCACGCAAUGGGCAUGGUGUAUGGAUCGCCAGCCACACAACACCCGCGAAGCAGUCACGAGCUACCAGGGUCAAGAAUGGACUACUUUGGGCAAAUUCAAGCACCGUACAACCCAUACGGCGGCAUGAACAUGAAUACUCGGUUCGUCGCUCCUUCACAACUCUGGACUUGACGGACAUCUUCCGACUGAGUAUUCUUCUUUCCCACAGGACUCCCCCGGGCACGAGAUCUCCGAAUAUGCAACCGGGGCAGCAAGACAAAGGGAAGGAGCGGCAACAUUGACAUCGAAUCCAAGGAGGGGGAUUGGCGAUGACGUGAGACUGGAGAUAUCUGAGAUCGUGUAAUGCACGAUGACUAGCAAGGCGUUUUGGGUCAGGCCAGGCGACAAACCAAUGGAGGACGACAAAGCCCGCGAGCGAAAGUGGGCGAGGUUAACACUGGAAGUAAGGGUUGGUAAAAUACCAGAUAUGGCAAAAAAAAAAAAGUCUCAAAUAGGGCUGGUCCUGGAUGGUGGUCAUCUGGGCGGGGAGGAGAGAGGAAGGCUCUCCUUACCCUGACGCAUACGAGGCAUGGUGGAUCGUUUGAUUAUGAAAGAGUCGUUGCGUUCCUGGGGAGGUGUUAUCUGCAGGUCGGUGUAUUCGCGACGAGGUCUCAUCCUGCCUUGAUGGCUCGGUGCUGCGAGGAAUGGACUUGGUUUGCCAGGAUGACUGCCAUCUACUCUGGAUGGAGGCCCUUUCAGUAGCAGCUUUCCUGGGGUGGGAUUUGUGUUGACAGGGAUCUCCAAUGGUCCUCUCUCUUUCAACCGAGUUACCUCUUUGUGGGUUUAAUGGC